AUGGAGAAGGACGACCUCGUCCGCCUCGAGACUGUCAUGUCACACGAAGAGAAUCUCAAGGGUGACCACAUGAACUAUGAGCGUGUGGAUAAGGAACUUGCCAAGUACACCGCUGGCGAACGUGUGUACAUUUCCGAGGCCGACGACAAGAGACUCAAGAAGAUGAUCGACCGUCGAGUUUUGGUCGUCAUGAUCUUGACCUACUUUCUCCAAGCAAUCGACAAAGGAACCAUGAGUUUCACCAGUAUCAUGGGUAUCAGAGAUGAACUUCACAUCAGUGAUACACAGUUCCCCUGGUUGACCACCUGUAUCUACAUUGCGGUGAUCUUUGUCGAAUAUCCUACGAAUUGGAUCAUCCAGCGUGUACCUAUCGCCAAAUAUCUUUCUGCCAACAUCAUCAUCUGGGGUGCUGUCCUCGCGUGCCACGCUGCCGCUACCGACUUCAAGACCCUCGUCAUUUGCCGUACCUUCUUGGGUAUUUUCGAAGCUGUCUGCCAGCCUGCUUUCUUGAUCUUAUCAUCUCUUUGGUACAGGAGAGAUGAGCAGGCACAGACAGUGACAUACUGGUACGUGAUGAACGGUGCUCAGCAGAUCGUCGGUGGUCUGCUAGCUUACUGUUUCUCUCUGCUCGGUAACGAGAGAAUUGUCACAUCCUACCAAGCCAUCUUCAUCACAUAUGGCUGCGCCUCUGUACUUUGGGGCGUUUUUGUACUCUACUGGCUACCCGACUCGCCUAUGCGUGCCAAAUGUUUCUCUGAGGAAGACAAACUGCUCAUGGUCGAGAGAGUGCGCGCCAACCAGACUGGUAUCCAGAACAAAAGAUUCCGCCCUGAGCAGGUCAAAGAAGCUCUCAUGGACCCUCAACUGUACUGCUACAUGUUGAUCCAGAUCUGUACCACACUCCCCACCAGCGGUCUCGGCGCUUUCGCCAACAUCAUCGUCAAGGGCUUCAAGUUCACAACUCUGCAAACUCAACUGCUCGCCAUGGUACUCGGUGCCUACAUUGUCAUCGUCCUACUUUCCUCCACUUGGAUUGUCAAGAAGACAGGACAAAACCUGCUCGUCAUGGGCGCUUUCGUCAUACCCUCCUUCGCCGGAACCAUCGUUCUCAUGACCGUCAGAAACACAAACACCGCUACCCAGGGUGGCUUGCUCUUCUCCUACUACAUCGUCCUCUCCUUCUGGGCCGCCCAAACCCUCGCCAUGUCAAUGCUUUCCCGUAACAUUGGCGGCCAGACCAAGAAAUCCGUCGUCGUGGCUGCCAACUUUGCCGCCUGGGCUGCUGGCAACGCCAUCGGACCUCAGGUCUUCCUGGCCUACGACGCACCCCGCUAUUUCAUCGCUUUCGCCACACACAUGGGAUGUUAUGUGUUGCUGGUUAUUGUGAUUGUGUUUUUGAGAUACUGGCUCAAGCGUUGUAAUGAUAAGAAGGAUGCUUUGGCUGCUGCUGGUGUUGGAGAAGCUGCGGACGAUGCUUAUACUCAUGCCUUUGAUGAUUUGACCGAUAGAGAGAAUCCCAACUUCCGCUAUGUCUACUAG